AUGAAUUUUGGUGAUUCCAAGCUCCGCUAUGUCAAUACCAGCACUCCUCGACUAGUACAUACAAACUCCAAACAAUCUAUCACGGCAUCUGAUGACUACUAUUCGCUCACCUCCGAGGGAUCGAGCAAUGAUGACCGAAACAUCGUCCAGCGAUACCAGACCCCGCCAUUGCGUAUGCGAUCCGCUGAUCCAAGUCGAGACGCCCUACAAUCAGAAGCAACCAUUCCCACCGUUCGGCCGGUAAAGCACCAGGACCCAGGUGACGAUGAGAAACCGGAGGUACCGAUCAGAAGUGAACAACACCGGAUUCCCAGAAAGCCUGUAUCUUCCUCUUCAUCAGAUGGUACAAUCGUCCUAAGACCAGUCAGCGAGGUUAUCAGCCCACCAACCCCUGGAGUCGACGACACACCAUAUAUUCAAUUCGCAAUCGACCAAUUGACUCGGGAUGAGGAAGUGGCAGGCUUGCGACAUCCAGGUAAUUCGUCAACCUAUCCUGUCGAAAGGAUCAUACCCGAUGAAGGUUUGGGAUACUAUGGUACCAGACAGCAAGGGCAACCUCUUCGCCCACAAGACACGCGAACGGAAUCACCUCGUAAGUUGUGGUCGAUUUAUCCUCAACCUACACGAGCCUUUUCUAAAGGUACCACAGCAACAGAGAAUAUACUACACUCUACAAAACCUACGACUGAAACUUUCAGACACCCCAAGCUCAACUUUGUCCCUCACUCUCUACAAUUCGUAUCCCUCGGCGCCCUCAUCUUCUGCUGCCUCUUCAUGAUCGCGGGCCUCCUCUUCUGUGCCAUCUAUCCCUACAGUCACCUCGGCUUAUGGCAAUACGACGGCACCGGUACAAGCCGUUACUUCGUCUUCGAAUACUUGCCUACGCUUCUUGCGAGCUUCAUUAUCAUCUGGCUUCAAAUCAUUCAAUCUGCAAUGCAUCGAGUUGCCCCAUUUAUGAUAUUAUCAUCUGGACGGAGCAUCGGCAAUUCUGGAGUUCUACACGACAUGACGCUUUUUCCUGCUACCUAUCUGAUACCCAAUUUGUCUUUUUUCAGCUACCAAGAGCCUCUGCUAGGCCUGUGCUCUAUAAUCUUUUGGCUCGAGAUUUUUACAUUACCACUGCAGAGCUGCUUAUUUCAAACGCGAUACUACAACUCAGAGAACAUUUGGAGGUGGACAGCGGUCCAGCCGAUAGCGUGGACAUUGUUUGUUCUCUAUCUGCUACUGCUCGUCGCACUUCUACUUCUACUCAUCCGAUUCGUACCUCGCCAAACCGGACUCAAGUGGGAUCCGGUCUCCCUAGCAGACAUCCUGUCACUCUUCCAUCGAUCGAACUUCCUCUCAGACUUUGCGCGUUCCGAAAUGCAUACUUCUUCUAUCCGCCAACACACAGCGAAGCAUCUCAGGCUCGGCUACUGGAAUACAUCGAAACAGGCAAACGAAGCAUUCUACGGCAUCGGAGAGGAGAACGCACCUGUUCCACGAUUCUCACUAGAACAGGGCAAAAUUGCACCAAACACGGACCAUGAUCUGGAAGCCCAGGAGCCCAUGAAGGCCUCCACAUUCGACACUCUGAAGGACGUCCAUGAUCUGGCUUUAAGAUAUAGAUGGGCACCUUGGUUUCUCAGAGACGGCAUGGUGGUCGCCUGGAUCGUCAUCGCCAUCGUCUUAAUGAUCGCUUUCAUUGUGGUCAGCUUCGUCAACCACGCCGUCCAACGGGGCUUUCUUCCUCUCCUCCCGGCUCCAACGACGACUGAGGGCUUCUCUCCGGCCGACUUCCUCUACAGCUUCAUACCCUCCUUAAUUGGCAUGCUUCUCUUUCUCCUCUGGCAGCCCGUCGACCUCUACUUCCGAGCGCUCCAACCAUUCGCUUCCCUCGCCCACCGCGACGGUGCUUCAGCUGAACAAUCCCUCCUCCUGGACUACACGGCAUGCCUACCAAUCGAAGUCACCAUCAAAGCCCUUCUCAAUCGCCACUACAAACUUGCCUACAUAUCAUUCAUCAGCCUCCUCUCCCUCACCUUGCCCGUCCUAGCAGGCGGCAUAUUUACUGCCCAGUUCGUCGUUGAAAGGCAAGACAUCCGAGUCAUAGCCAGUAUGCCAGGCUACUACGCUCUUGUUCUCUUCGUCGUCAUCUACGCCGUCUCAUUCAUCGUCAUCUGGCCCACGCGGAAACGCCGUUUGCCGCACGAUAUCAGCACGCUCGGACAGCUCGUCAGCUUCGUCUAUCAGAGCCCGCUUCUCAUGGAGACGGCGUUUGCAGAGCCGACGAGCAAGACCGAUCUGGUGACCAAGCUGUUAGGGACGCCGGCUGGGGAGAAGGAGACACCGAGGUAUGCGUUUAAAGUGUAUGUGGGUAGAGAUGCGAAAGAACACCUGGGUAUCGAUAGGCUGGAGAGAUUCACGAGAUUUACGGCAAAGGGGAGGAUAGACCAUUUAAGAACCGGCAGCCCGAGACAUGGUGACUUGGCUUGA